AUGCUAUUAUGCGACCACAACAGGGGAAUUCCAAAGAUCCAGACGACUCGCUCCUACCACGCUCUUCCCCGCACUUUCCCGAUCCCCUUGCUGCGAAGUACCCCAUCUCGAACAAACAAGGACUACGAAACCAAUUCUAGAAAUAGAAUACUAACAGGAGCGAGAUUAGGACCAACUUCAUAUUAUGGCUUUAGAAGUUUCUCAGAUCAGAUAAGCGGAUCAAGAGUUUCUAGGUCUAGGACAGCUGGCCUUUGCCUUUGCGAAAUAGCUUCCGAUCGGUCCAAUAAGGUCUUAGAUGCUAGGAAUUCGCCAGUUUUGGGAAGAUGGCUUGGGAUCAAGUCGGGAAAGGAGUCAAGCUCUUUGAGAGUAGCUAUCGAGGAUUGUGAAUCCUGUCCUGGCACAAAGGCAAAGGAAGAAGACAAAGCAGCGGGUACAGAGGUAGGGACCUGA